CGUGUGGCGCCGGAGAGAUGGCGGAGUUGGACAUUGGGCAGCGCUGUCAGGUGGAGCACUGCCGGCAGCGAGAUUUUCUUCCAUUUAUAUGUGGUGAUUGUUCAGGAAUAUUUUGCCUUGAACACAGAAGCAGGGAGUCUCAUGGUUGUCCUGAGGUGACUGCAAUCAAUGAGAGGCCAAAGACAGAUCAACAUACAUCUUACCCGUGCUCAUUCAAAGACUGUGCUGAAAGAGAACUUGUGGCAGUUAUAUGUCCUUAUUGUGAGAAGAAUUUUUGUCUGAGACACCGUCAUCAGUCAGAUCAUGAGUGUGAAAAACUGGAAAUCCCAAAGCCUCGAAUGGCUGCCACUCAGAAACUUGUUAAAGACAUUAUUGAUUCCAAGACAGAAGAAACAGCAAGUAAACGACGAAAAGGUGCCAAAAAUAGUAAAACAGCUGCAAAGGUUGCAUUGAUGAAAUUAAAGAUGCAUGCUGAUGGCGAUAAGUCAUUGCCACAGACAGAAAGAAUUUACUUUCAGGUUUUCUUACCUAAAGGGAGCAAAGAGAAGAGCAAACCCAUGUUCUUUUGCCACCGAUGGAGCAUUGGAAAGGCCAUAGACUUUGCCGCUUCUCUAGCCAGUCUUAAAAAUGACAAUAACAAAUUAACAGCCAAGAAAUUAAGGCUGUGUCACAUUACUUCAGGAGAAGCCUUACCUUUGGAUCAUACUUUGGAAACCUGGGUUGCUAAGGAGGAUUGUCCUUUAUAUAAUGGUGGAAAUAUAAUCUUGGAAUAUCUUAAUGAUGAAGAACAAUUUUGUAAAAAUGUUGAAUCUUACUUGGAAUAAUCAUUCAAGGAUUCAAGUCAGAAAUCACAAGGAAAAUUCUAUUACAUGUUUAAGUUCAUUUCUUUUACUACAAAUACUAUUUUUGUAAUUUUUUUAAAGUUGCAUUUUAACUUAUCUCCCGCUUAUGUCACAUUUUAGUUAUGAGUUUUCUAUUAAAUUAGAGUGUUUUGGUUUUAAGUUUAACUGGGUAUUGAUCCUCAAUUAUUAGCAAAUUCUUAUAUUUAAUUAGCUUUCAUUAGGUUGUGCUGUAGUGACAACAGCAAAGAUGUGUUUCCCAAUGAGUGAUGUUACCUGCUGACUGACUCUGGUACCACUCUGUGUCAUCUGCACUCCAUGAUCAAAGGUGAAGGAAGGGCCCUCUUUUGGGACAUUGUCAUUGUUUUAGCAGAGAGAGAAACAGAAGAAAUGCACUUCAGUUUUCUCCUAAAAGAUGCAUGUGUCAUAUUUGCUUUAAGCAAAUCAUGUGGCCGAGCCAGAAAGUAUUAUCUGCUGUCUAUCUACAUCAUAAUGUAUAAAUUGAUAGAUGUACAUGAAU